GUUUGGGAGAGUCGGCGAGGACAUGGGAAGGGGUGGGAUUUUUGCAUCUCUGAGGGGAUUCAUGAACAGCUUCUCUGGGGAGUCGCUUAUUAUUUAUCACAAGAAGGAAAAUAAAGUUGCUUUUGGAACCACAAACUUGUCAAGUGCUGUCUCCCUCGCAACCGAAGUCCUGCUUUCUCUGCCCCUCCCCCAUCAGCACAUCAAUGUCGUCUUCUGGUCCCCAGUCCCUCGGGCCCAGGUUCACCCAGGCCAGGGAAGGAGCAGUGGCACUGUUCUGGAAUGCUCUAGAACCUCCAACUGUUCUGGAACUCUGCACCUUUCAGGCAAAGGGCCAGAACCAGGAUCACAGAGCCUUCCUAUCCCAGGUGGCCCGGCGCCCCCACCGGGCCACAUGUGGGUGCUGGCGCUCAGCGUGGCUUUCCUGGAGGCUGCCCAGGCCUGUCUCUUCUGCCGCCUCCCAGCGCAUGGCUUGUCGGGCCGCCUGGCUCGGCUCUGCAGCCAGAUAGAGGCCCAGUGGAAGGACUGUGAGGCCUCCUGGAACUUCUCCACCUUUGCCUUAGAUGAGGUGUCCAUGAACAAGGUCACGGAGAAGACUCACAGGGUCCUGAGGGUCAUGGAGAUCAAAAGGUCUUUCUCCUCGCUCCCUCUGUAUUGGCAAUGGCUUCAGAAGACCAAGUUUCCUGAGUACAACCGGGAAGCUCUCUGCAGUCCCGCCUGUUGUGAGGUGGAGUCGGGGCUUCCCCUCCCCAGCUCUGUCCCGCUGUCUCCUGCAGGGGGCAGCACCAUCCUGUACAACUGCUCCACCUGCGAGGGCUUUGAGGUGCUCUGCUGGCCCCAGAAGCGCUGCUUCCCAGGAAGUCACGAUCUUCGGGAAGCCAGGAUUCUGCUCCUCUGUGUCUUUGGAACUAUCCUGCUCCUGGGCGUCCUAAGCCUUGUGGUGGAGUUCCACUUCCUUGAAGCAAAAAGCGACUUACGAAGACGCUGACAGAUCCUAGCCUCCAGUUGUAAAG